AUGGACCAUGGAUCGGCAGCCAAAAACUCCCGCCUGGUGGAGGAGGUGUUCCGCGACAUCAAGGGUCGGCGAGCUGCCAUCAUCAGGGCGCUCACCACCGAUUUCGAGGACUUCUAUCAACAAUGCGAUCCCGGAAACAUGCAGGGAGCAAUUCAAGCACUCCGUUUGCACGGGAAUGCCCUUAAGCGAGGUGUUCUCCAACACAUGCGUGUGAACCCAGCGAUGUUACCUACUGUGUUUUCAUGUUUUGAGCCAGUUUCGUCUACACAGUUGGAAGAGCAUGGUUUUGAAAGCACGACUAUCCAGGAUGUUCUUACAGCUAAGGGGAAGAAUACUGAUGGUUCCUGGCUGUGGUGCACAACUGAUGACACUGUUUAUGAUGCUGUCAAAUCUAUGACACAACACAAUGUUGGAGCUUUAGUGGUGGUGAGACCCGGAGAAGAGAAGGCAAUUGCUGGAAUUGUUACUGAGAGAGAUUAUCUCCGAAAAAUGAUUGUACAGGGAAGAUCUUCCAAGUCAACUAAAGUUGGUGACAUCAUGACUGAAGAGAAUAAACUGAUCAUAGUGACUCCAGAUACCAUGGUUCUACAGGCAAUGCAAUUGAUGACAGAAUUUACACCAGACAUAAUUGAUGCUCGCUUAAACCAAGCUGUUGCCACCCUUGAAGAUCUUCUGAAGCCUGUGGACGAGUCAAUGGACUACUAUAAGAAGCAUCAGCUCAGGGAGUUGGCCAUACUCAAUGGCACGUUUAGGGAAGUGAGUCCACAAAUGAGCCCACAAACGUUCAGGGAGUUGCCCCACAGGAAACAGUUGUAA